AUGCCUCCUCAGCGCCGCGCACCCAUUGAAUAUGAUUGUGAUGCAUGUGGAGCUCAUAAUGUUGAUGCUAUUCGUUUGACGAGGCAUCGAAACCAGUGCAAAGCAAUGCGCACCAAAGCCCGCCGUGCCUACGAGAAGUGCGUACACUUUCACGAAAAGCGUCUGGCAGCAAAAGCGCGUGCAAAGGCGGAGAAAUUAGCCUUUGUCACUGCGGCAUCGCAUCCAAUGUCAACCGCUCAAACACUCACAGGCCGCACUACCAGUGGCAAUCAUAGCUAUUGCAGGGACUUGGCGGAUUUAAAUGGGCGAAGGUUCUUCAAAGGGCUCUUUCACUCCGAGUUAUCCGGUCCCUGA